GGUUUGGGCAGGGCUGUGAUGUCAUGGCUUAGGGAAGUAGGCAGAGCUGCUCAGCUCUCAGUCAUUUAUUCAUCCUGCACUCAGCAAGAGGACGCAGACCUAAAGCUAACAGAGACACCAGCAGCACUUCAGAAGGAAAAUCGGUGGGAGAAUCGAGCGGCAGAGGAAGAAAAAAAAAGAGAUGACGAUUGGAAAAAACUCCAGGAAGAGCUCGGUUCGAAGCUCCAUCAGAGCCCCAAAGUUCCUAGACAAGUCCAGCGGCUUCUACGGUCGCCUGGAUGAGCCUAAGACCACCACAGAGGAGGUGCCCGAGAAUGAGGAGCAGAGCGUGGGAGACGGCGGCUGCAUGGAGGAGGGAAAAAGAAGCAGCCCAACCGUCUCAGCUGCAGACGAAGAGAUGGAGGCGUUUGACUUCUCAGAUGACGAAGAGACCCUCCUGAGGAGGAAGCCCAGCCGCCUCAGCAGCAGGUGGAGAAGGAGCACCCGAAAGAAGGAGAAGGAGGAGGAUCAAUCGGAGAAGCCGGCGGAGGCCUCCGUCCAGGAGGACAUCAGGGGGAAGAUCGAGGCGGAGAUUGAGGAAAUGAGGAGGACAGAGGAGGAGAAUGAGAAGGACAGGCUCGGGAAGGGGCCCGCACUUGUUCACUUCACGAUUCGGGGAGACGCAGACGAUCAAGUUCUGAUCAGAGACAAGAAGAGGGUGCGAGAAGAUGAGGAGGGAGAUGAGGAGGAGAGGAAGAUGAAGAGGGAGCAAGAAAAGGGGAUGAAGGUGCUGAAGAGGAAAACAGCGAAGAAUUAUCGCAAGGCCUUCGACCGGGCGCUUCGACGAGGCUGGGAGACCUUCGUCGCCAACCUCUACAGCGUCACGCUCACACCUAUGUCGUCAUCCUCCUCGCCCUCUCUGAAGAAGAAGAACCAGGAUAGCUCAGUGUUAGCUGAGUUUCAGUAGAUUUGGGUGAAGAUGUGAACAUUUUUAAUCAUAAAACACUGUAAAACCUGGGUUUUCCAGAGUUUUUUUUUUCUCUUUUUGCUGAACAAUGAAGGAUGUGAUACUUUUUUCAGGUUUUAGUAUCUACUCUGCAAGCAGCACACAAGGCUUGCUCAUGGAAAAAGUUGAGUCUGAGUUCAGCAGCUUUUGGUUUUAUUGUGAAGCCAAUUUUCUAGGGUCUGAUCCACUCCCGAGAGCGUUUGCUUCAAAGGAUCUCUGCUUCGUUGUAGGACAGUGCGAGUGCAGAGGCGUGAGUUUUGAAGGCAAUGACCGAUCGGUGGAUCUGGACAUGAUCACGUUUUUGGUGUUUUUUGGUGCCAUUCUCAGUUGUUUGAGAAGAAUGAACAGCAGGCAGUCAGUACAAAAAUGUAACUCUGACCUACGCUUAUUUUACACACCACUAUAGUAUUUAUAGCUAAACUGCAAAUGCAUCUUCGUUUAAACCUGAAAUAAACGCAUUUUUCACUUUUGUGAACUCUUCUGAUGUCGGUUUACUGACCGGCUCGGUUCACCUGUUUGUCCUGAAGAGAUUCAAAUGGAAAAUACAUUUAUUUUCUGGUUACAGAUUUAAACUGCUGGAUGUUUCACUGUUUGCUGCCUGAAGGUUCGAAUGUAUUUAAAACUACUUAAUCUUAACUUUAAAUAAAAUAAAAGUAUGUGUUGAAAGAAAA